AUGACUUCCAUUCUGGACAGCGAAGCCCAUUUUCAGAAGAGAUGUGAUGAGGUGGGCCUCAGUGACCGUGGAAAGCAGGCCACUUUUGGUGCAGGAUACUCCACGCUUGGGCGGCUUGCAUUUGGUGUUGGCCAGCCAGGGAUGCCGGUGCCAGAAUUGGAAUUUACAAGGUUUGCAACCAACGUGUUGGGCGCGAUGGCCACAAUGCAAGACGUGAGCUCCCUCAGGCGUUUGCUGUUUGAGGCCCAAACGUUGGUCAUGGCUCAGUUGCGCGAGCAGGUUUCGAACCCCGAGAUGCAAAUGACUCGAAAGAUGCCGCCAGUGGAGAGGGAAGCAAAAAUGAGACAACUGAGAGCCAGGCUGCCUGGCGUUUUGCUUGAGCAUCAGCUGGAGCCCUCGCAUGCCCUUUUGAACCUUGUGGCUCAAAUGUGGGAGACCAAGCAAUUGCAGUACAUAGAGAUUGCAAAACUUACCAGUCGUGAACAUGAGGUAUUAUACUCCAAGUCAUCGAAGCAGCUGCAUGUUGACGCUGACAAGCUGCUGGUCAAGGAGGAGGCCAAGGUCCCUGACCAAGCUGCGAGCACAGAGCUCCAGGUGCUUGAAGCCCUGAAAAGACGUGGGGUAGCAUUUGCAUUUAUCGAUGCACUAUCUUGGGAUGUUCAUGAGCGCUACCUCCAAUCCCUCUUCAACCACCUGCGGACCGAGGCGCCCGAUGGAUAUGUGAAGACGACACUGCAACAGCUUCUCCGUGCUGACCGACAGCCAAGUCAGCCAUCGAAUUGGCAGUCACGUGCAGGUCAGCCUUAUCACAAGGGCUCCAAAGGAAAAGGAAAAGGCAAAGGAAAAGGGAAAAAGGUGGCAAACAUCUUGCCGGCCGAGUUGCAGAACAAGGGCUGCGUUGGAACGGAUGAUCACAAUCGAAGGCUGUGUUUCAACUUUAACCUCAACAAGUGCCAGGACGCUGCACAUGGAGCCGAAUGCAAUCGUGGAUGGCACUUGUGUAUGAAGAAGGAACGCGUCUUUGACCUGGCAAGCAAAGGCGCUAGUUUGGAAGAUUGCCUCAUAGUGGAGAUCUUUGCAGGUUCAUCACGUGUCACGGCCUCGUUGAAACAGCUAGGACAAAGUAGCCGGCAUAAGCACGCCCAAUGGGGACUGAAUGCAACCAAUGGGUUUUCAACGGCUGAUGAGACAGCCUAUCCAAUGGGUGCAGCCAUGCUCUUUGCAGGCAUUGCAGAAGAUGAGAGCUUCCGUUGGAUAUCAGGCAAUCCAAAUUUGAUUGGUUCUUCUUCUUCGAGUUUACACUUUCCUUCAGCAGCAGCCUUGAGUGUGGGAGAAGGUGACCAGGUGGAGUCUACUCCAAUCGAAGCCUCUGCUCAAAAUGUGAGCCAUGUUAACUUUGGACAUGCAGUUGGUGCAGCGUGGGACGCCCUGGCAUCAGAUACUGUGGAGCCUAUUUGGAACAGUGGUUUUUGGAAGUGCAUUUUUGGUGAUGAUGCGUUUGGACCAAAACUUGAAAACAACUUCAAACGUCCUGUUCCUGUUGACGAAACUGCUCACAUGGACGAAACGAGUGGUGACGUUUACAAGAAACAAUGUUUGCCGAGUUCCUCAGUUUUUGCUGAACCUCUUUUCAGAAGUUGCGUCAAGAGCUCUGAAGAUGUUACAUGGCAGGAAAAACGUGAGGCACACUUGCAGAGAGCACUCAAACAUUGGCUGGUCAUUUCAUCGUCCUGGACACGUGAAAUUGAAUUUGUGCAAUGUCUUUCAGGUUGCGACAGUGUCAAUGCACAAUUGAUUAUGCUGGGAGAUGUUUUUCGUGGAAAAGCACCAAGCACUUUGACUAAGCGUGCAAACAGCAUGAAGUUUUUGUGUGAACAACUGGAACUGGUAGGUCAUGAGUUUCCUUGCACAGAACCCGCGCUAUAUGGCAUUCUUUGCACGUUGCGACAACAGGGAUUCCCGGCCUCCAAGUCUAAGGGCAUUCUGGAAGCGAUUGCAUUUGUACGGUACUGCAUGGGAGUUACAGAGUGUGAUGUGCUCUUGAAGGGCAGGAGAUGUUGGGGAGCUUCAACAACUGACACCCCAACGCAGAAAAGGCAGGCCAGUCCUCUUAGAGUUUCUGAACUUGUCAAGUUGCACAACAUUCUGGAAUUUGGUCAUGAAAUUUGGGAUCGAAUGUUUUGUGGUGCAGUCCUCUUUGUGACGUAUUCAAGGGCUAGGUGGAGCGAUGCACAACACUCUUCAAAGCUGACCUUUGACAGGAAUGGGGACACUGUGUGUUACGUUGAGGCCUUAACGGGUUUACACAAAACGGUGAGAGCUCUGCAGCACAGGCACCAGUUCUUGCCAUUAGUUGCACCAGCGGUUGGAGUCACAGAACAGAACUGGGGUGUUCUUUGGGAAGGCGUGAGAAAGGAGUUAUCAAUCAGUUUUGAAAAUGGUUUUCCUCUGAUGCCUGCUCCUAUGGAAAAUGGUAUGCCGGGCAAGCGUGCUCUUGACUCAGAAGAAGCUGGUCGUUGGCUCAGGGCUUUGUUGGAGCUCAGUGAUCAUGAUGUGAGUGAGCGCAAAGUCUCCAGCCAUUCAUUGAAAUGUACAAUGCUAUCCUUUUUAGCCAAGCGUGGUGUGGACAUGCCGGACAGGUUGUUGUUGGGGUACCACACUUCACCUUUCACUAUGGGACUCACAUACAGCAGAGAUGGCAUGGCACGUCCUCUCCAAAUCUUAGGGGAAAUGCUGUCAGAGAUCAGGGAAGGCACAUACAUGCCUGAUUGCACCCGCAGCGGCAGAUUGGUGAAGAAGGCUAACACUGGUGGCAGCCUCGAUGUGAGCUUGGAAUCAACUCAGGAUGCAACAAAGAUUGAAAUCAGUGAUGAUGAAGGUGAGUUGAACGCUUGGGAAUUGAUCCAGACGUCCGCCAGUGUGACGCCUUCUAAGGCCUUACCUGAGGUCAUACCAGAAAACUGUGAAACCGAAAUCAAUGAUGCUUGCACAGAGACGUCUAGCAGUGAUGUUUCAGAGACAGAAGAGGCAGACAAUUCUUUUGAAGACACUGGACGCAAGACUUUUGAACCACCAACUGCGCCUGAAGGAUUCACUAUGUGGCAGCACACCAAGUCCAAGAUCCUUCACUUGGUUAACUACAAGACCCCAGGCAUUUUCGAAUGCUGUCGCAAGCCGGGUUAUGACAUGGCUACAUACAGUGCUUUCCGAAGGGUGCAUUUUGAGGCAUCAACUUUGGUGGUUGCACAGCUCAAAGCACGAGUCACCGGUGACCAGGAGGAUGGAAAGCAGAAGCUCCCAGUGAUCGAGAAACAGACGCGUCUAGCAGAUCAAAAAAGGCGCUUGCUUGGAGUGGACAUCGAAGGACAUGCAAAGGUCACGUUGGAGCAGCUCAUCGAAGCGGACAAGCAGUUGUGGACUGAAAUGUCAAAGGCCUUCACAGGAGCAGUGGUUGCAGCAGUGGGUGCGGAUGAACCGCCUUUCGAUGUGCACGUGCUGAGGUUGCGUUCAGAUCCAAGAGUGACAAUGUUUUUAUUACCCUUGCCACAGCUUGCCAAGAGCAGCCCAGGGAUUGCGAGUCAAGGUGCAAAUGCUGGCGCCCUAAAGGCAGCGCCAACAGCCAAGACGCAGCCAAAGAAAAAGUUCAAGGCAUCAAAAAAGUCGGACAAGAGCAAGCCCGAUGCUUUGGCAGGCAUGGAGACCCUGACGAAGGACGGUCAGAACGUUUGUUGGGCAUUCAAUUUAGAGGGUGGAUGUCAAGCACCGCUUGUCAGUGGAGCAAAGGUUGCGAAGUGCGCCAAAGUUUCACUUGAUGGUGAAGAGCUCGUGGACCUUGAGACCACAGGGGCUUUGAGCACCGUUAAAGGUCUGCUUCAAGAGUCUGAAGGACUUGGAAGCGAGACGCAGUCUGAGAGCAGAGUCAAAGGUGAGGAGCCAAUUGACAGAGCUCACAAGAGACCGCUUGGUGAGGAGCCAAGCAAGUCACGAAUAGGUGACAAAUGUUUUACAGGGCAAAAGCUCAGUGACAUUUACGUGCUGGAGCUUUUUGCUGGAACAGCUCGGCUAACCCGUAGUUUCAAACGAAAGGGGUUCAAAGGGCUGGCUUUUGACAAAUCCUCAAAGAGGGCAGAAGGUCAAAAUGUUUUGGAGUUCGACUUGUCCAAUUUGGAAGAAGUGAACUCACUUUUACGUUUCAUCAAGGCACGAGCUAAACAGAUAGCUCUCGUGCACAUGGCACCGCCGUGUGGAACGGCUAGCCGGGCUAGGGGAAAGAGACUGCGCUUUCUUAAAGCCAUCAACAUCAAAGAGCCGAAACCACUGAGGGAUGACCAUCACCCAAACGGAUAUCCGUGGUUGAAAGGCACUGACAAGUUGAGAACUGAAGCAGCAAAUUUAUUGUAUGAAACCACAGUUCUCAUUGCUCAAGUGAAAAAGCAUGAGCUAUCCAAAAAGCUGGAUGCGAUCAAAAUGCAAAAUGGGCAGCAAAUGGAUGAGACAAUGGAUGAAUUUUCAUAUGCACAUGUUUUUACAGAACUGGGAUGCAUCAGAAAUUCCAAUUUCAAAGUUUUGAUGGAUGCCGAACGUGCUGAGCAAGACUUUGCCAGUGACUUAGCAUGUGAAAAAGUGGUGGUAGCAAUACCGAGAGAGCCGAUGGACUUCUUGAAAAGAGCAGUGGAAGUUGGCCAUCCCAGAAGCGUGGCCAUAUCGCUUCCUGAAGACCUGAAGAGCGUUGUGGACUGGAACAGAGAAGAACAUGUUUACAAUGUUUUCAAACACAGAAUCGAUUUUGUGAAAUACUGGACUGACAGGGCACAAAAGCUCAAGUCGGCAGAUACAGAGUUGCUGAACACAGCGCCAGCUCAUUUGCGUGGAUUGCUCAAAGGAAAGAGACUUGCGUUGUGGCAGGAAAUGGUCGACUUUUUCGACUACCCGGACAAGAGGCUGGUCAGCGAUAUCUUGCAUGGCUUUCCCAUCACUGGAUGGAUGCCAGAUUCAAAUGUUUUUCCAAAGGAGGUCAAGGAGCCAAGCCUUGAUGUGGACACAUUAAAGUCGCUGAGCAAAGGGAUGAACGCACAUGUCAAAGCCAAGGUCUUAUCAGCCGGCUCCAACGAGAUGGCAGCAAUCACAUGGGCAGAGACGAGCAAGGAACUGGAAGAAGGAUGGAUGGAAGUUGACAAAGGGCCAUGUGAUGACGCAGCCUGGGCUAUGCGUUUCGGAUUGCAACAAAAGGAGAAGGUGAGGGUCAUUGAUGACUUCAGCAUUGCAGGAGUCAACCAAACGACUGGUAUGAACGAGAGGUUAAAAAUUUUUGGCAUUGACGACAUUGCCGCGCUCCUUGCGUACUCACUGGAUUCCAAUGGUGAUAAACAACACCCCAAGAUGUUGGGAAAAACAAUUGACCUGCGCAGCGCAUACAAACAGUUUGGGAUAUGUACGGAAGACAGGCAACGCAUCCGUGUUGCUACGUGUGAGCCUUCUGCCUCUGAGCUCAUUCUUCUCAUGGUCAAUUCGCUCCCUUUUGGAGCGACUGGGAGCGUUGCUGCUUUUCUUCGCAUAUCCAUGUUCUUGUGGUAUGUGGGUAUGGCUGGGCUCAAACUGGCUUGGACUGCAUUCUACGAUGACUAUACCUUGAUCAGUCGAGAAGAUUGUGCGAAAAAUGCGAGCUGGGCAGCCGAAUGCCUAUUUGACAUGCUGGGCGUUUUGUUUGCCAAGGAGGGCAAGAAAGCCACACAGUUUGACAUGCUUUUCAAUUCACUUGGAGUUGUUUUUGACUUGCAAUGUAUGGUCGACAGAAUGGUCUUCGUGGGGCACACGGAAUCCAGGAGGACGGAACUGGCUGAGUCCUUGAGAGACAUGCUUGCGGAGGGCGAGUGCAGCGCCAAAUCGAUCGAGAGGCUCAGAGGUCGACUUUUGUGGUUUGAAAAUUUCGUUUGUGGACGACAGGCCAAUUUUCUCAUUUCAAGUUUGGGCAAGCACAUGUCUGAGUCGAAAGCCUUGGUGCCCGUUGGGAAUGACCUACGGGGAAUCUUGGAAAGAAUUUUGCAGCGAGUGGAAGCCAGCAAGCCUGUCGAAGUUUCAAAGAAAAUUCUUGAGACGUGGAUCUUGUUCACGGAUGGUGCUUGUGAAAGCCAAUCUUCCGUUGGUGGAGUGUUAAUCAGUCCGAGAGGUCGGCCUGUUGCCAUGUUUGGUGACACUUUGCCAAGUGAACUGGAAGAGGCUUUCUACCAGAAUUCUGCACAUCCCAUUUACGAAGUAGAAUUGCUGCCUUUGUUCAUUUCAAUAUUUUUGUGGGGCUCGUGGGUAGACAAGUCACAAGUUGUCUGCUACUUGGACAAUGAUGCGGCCAGAUCAGGGCUCAUCAAAGGUUCAGGAGCCACCAAAGUUGCUGAUGCAAUCAUCCAGCUUGUUUGCGAAUCCGAAGCGGCGUUGCAGCUGAAGUCUUGGUUUAGCCGUGUGCCAUCGCACAGCAACAUCAGUGAUGAGCCAAGCCGAUUAAAAUUCGAUCGGUUGCUGUCACUAGGCGAAUUUCUGCAGACCCUGACCUUGAAUGAGGGAGACUCAGGUGCCACUGAGGAUUGGCAGCUUCAGGUUUGGGGGACUCCUUGGACACCGGAUGAGUUUGUUGACAGGGCAGUUGUUGCCGGUCACCCAGCGAAGCUGCAUUCUUUUCUGCCACUGUUGUUGCGGGACUGCAUUGAGAAGUCUCUGACGAAGUCAUGCUCACAGCGCAUGGCUCACAGGGCCCAAGCCCUGAAGCACUGGCUGCGAAGGUCGAUUCAGCUCAAACAUCAAGAGGAAGAGCUAGUGCGGACCUUGGAACCUGGAGUUGCUGAAGUCCUGCAAGGCAAGAGGAUCCUUGUCUGGAAAGAAAUGCUACAGUCCAUCAACUACAGCGAUAUGGGUGUUGUCGAUGAGCUCUGCGCUGGCUCCAGGUUGACAGGGCAGACAGACCUAACAAACCUGUGGCCAUCGAAGGUCACCCCUGCCACCAUGACUGAGGGCGAGUUGCACGCCCAAGCAAGGUUGCAGCGGGACGGUAUCUCAUUUGGUCAGGUAGUUUUCUUUGACUCCGAGAUCGCGCAUUCAGUUUGGGAUCAGACAUUGCAGGAAGUCAUUCGUGGUGAAGCCGAAGGGCCCUUCGAUCUGAGUGAGGUGCCUUCGGACUUUCCACUCAGCAGGGAAUCCCCAAAACCUCACACGCUUGACGUGGUGGCAGCGAUGAUCAGCACAGUGAUGGGCUACGCCGAAGGCGAUCACGCCUGGGUGUCGCGGAGCUUUGACCUGAAGAGCGCAUACAGGCAGUGUGCAGUCCAUCCUGACUCCAGGCAGUUUUCGUACAUUGUUGUUGGAGAUCCCCACACAUCUUCAUUGAAGGCCUUUCGCCUCAAGGCACUCCCGUUUGGAAGCGUCAAAUCUGUCCACAGCUUCCUUCGAAUAGCGCACAGCUUGUGGGCUAUCUUGACAUCAGUCUUCUGGGUGAUAACCACCAAUUAUUUUGACGAUUUUGUGUCCGUUGCUGAUCUCCGUGAAGCCGAAUCGGUCGACUUUACUGUGAAGGCCGUCUUCAGAUUGUUGGGUUGGAGGUUUGCUGAGGAUGGACCGAAGGCGCCACCUUUCAGCAGCAGUCUUGUGGCUCUUGGAGUGCAGCUUGAUGUGUCGAAGUUGCAUCAAGGAUCGGUUAGCGUCUCCAACACCGCGAACAGAAGAGAUGAGCUGGCCCAGGCAUUGGAUCAGGCUGUGACGUCAAGAUCCCUUGCAAAGCUUGAAGCCCUUAGAUUGCGAGGACGGAUGCAAUUUGCCUCUGGUCAGUUUUAUGGGCGGCUAGCCCGGCGGUGCCUUGCAGUGGUAACGCAGCAUGCCUAUGGCUCUGAGUCAUCAACAUUGGCUGAGGCUGCAAUACAUGCCCUGUCUCGCUUCAGAGACAUGCUGGUCAAUGGUGUGCCGAGGAUGAUUUCAUCGAAGGCCACGACAACUUGGUUUAUCUUCACCGACGCUUCACAUGAACCACAUGAGGCGGAACCUUUCUCUGGCGUUGGUGGGGUCUUGGUGGACCAGUUUGGUUGCAGGCGCCGCUUCUUUUCAGAACAGCUAUCACCUGACCUCUUGCGUGAAAUCAAUGUGUCUCAAAGGAAGACAAUAAUCUACGAAUGCGAAUUUUUCUCUGUGCUUUGUGCCAUGAUUGUUUGGAAGGAUUUCAUUCAUCAGUGCAACGUAGUGAUCCAUACUGACAAUGAUGCUGUCAGGGAUGCAUUCAUCGCUUGCCACACUAGCAGCGCAAAUUCUCUUCCAAUACUUGAUGCUAUCCUCGAAGCUGAGAAUGAUGCCGAAUGCAACUCCUGGAUCACCCGUGUGCCAACAGAGUCCAAUAUUGCAGAUGACCCUUCGCGUCUUCAAGUAGAUCUUCUAAUGAACUGUGGAUGCUUGCGAGACCGUAUUGGCUGUGCAGAUAUUUGGUCUAACAUUGUAUGCAAGCCUGGCAAUGUUGCAAAAGGGGGAGGCGAUGGACCAGCCUUGCACACCCCUUUGGAAAAAAGAAGGUCUCAUUGCAAGCGAGGGUCGUCACAGCAGAAUUUAAGUAAGCAAGACAACGGCAAGCGAACUAAAUUCUGA